AUGUCCACAGUUAAAACAUCCGUCGUUCUCGAGGCGGGACCAAAUACCGACAUCUGGAAGAAGCCGCCGACGACGAAUAUUUGGACCGCACCCAUCUCCCACACGUCCUCGGGCCUCUUGAAGAAGUUCAAAUCGGCCCGCGUCACCUUCUGGGCUGACUGGACAGAGCGGUACGACCAAGGAGGUCUGCUCCUCGUACCCAAGCGGCGCUCGUCCGCCCACAUCUCUCCGCCCGAGAAAUGGAUCAAGACGGGCGUCGAGUACUACGUUGGGCGGCCGCAGCUGAGCACCGUAAGCACCGACCGCUUUGCGGACUGGAGCGUGGCGCCCCUGACGCUCUCGGAAGGAGAGCCCGAUCCCGCGAAGGUAGGCGGGGUCACCAUCGAGAUCGCGCGCGAGGGCGACGAGCACGGCAAGAGCUUCUGGGUGUACCGGCUCGUGCUGGACGCGAACGGCGGCGUCGUCGAGAAGAUUCCCCUGCGGGAGAUCUGCUGGGUGCUCGCGGACGAGGACGAGGCCGGCGGCGAGGAAUGGCUUCUAGACGUAAGCCCGCUGGUGGCUCGGCCGGAGAAAAACGCGACCGGCUCGCUCAAGGUCGAUUUCAAGACUUUCGAGGUUCAGUGGACGUCGUGA